CCAACAUCAACAACCUGUUACAUGUGGCCUAGCGCCGCAGCCGUGCUAGCGAGAGGUACCGGCCUGAGUCCCGUGGAGCUGGCUUCACAGAGGAGAGCACCGCGCUAAAACAACCAUUACAGCCGUAGCUGCACGGUUUACAGACAGCUAAACUCGGUCCAGCAUGCCGCCGAAGAAACCCGCCCAGGCUGCGGGGAGUAAAAAGACGCAAGAGAAGAAAAAAGAAAAGAUAAUUGAGGACAAGACCUUUGGCUUGAAGAACAAGAAAGGAGCCAAGCAGCAGAAGUUCAUCAAGAACGUAACUCAACAGGUUAAAUAUGGACAACAAAGCGCCAGACAGAUGGCCCAGGCUGAGGCAGAGAAGACCACCAAGAAGGCUGACAAGAAGAAAGAGCUGGAUGAACUCAAUGAGCUAUUCAAACCAGUAGUCGCUGCUCAGAAAGUCAGCAAAGGUGUAGACCCAAAGUCAGUGCUCUGUGCGUUCUUUAAGCAGGGCCAGUGCACCAAGGGUGAUAAGUGCAAGUUCAGCCAUGACCUGUCUCUUGAGAGGAAAUGUGAGAAGAGAAGCGUUUAUGUGGACGAGAGAGAUGAAGACCUGGAGAAAGACACCAUGGAUAAUUGGGAUGAGAAGAAGCUGGAGGAGGUGGUCAACAAAAAACACGGAGAGGCUGAGAAGAAGAAAGCCAAAACACAAAUUGUGUGCAAAUACUUCCUGGAGGCCAUAGAGGGUAAUAAAUAUGGCUGGUUCUGGGUGUGUCCAGCAGGCGGCGAUAGCUGCAUGUAUCGACACGCCCUGCCGCCUGGGUUUGUACUGAAAAAAGACAAGAAGAAGGAGGAAAAAGAGGAUGAAAUCUCACUGGAGGAACUAAUAGAGAAUGAGCGUUCAGCUCUGGGUCUCAACGUGACCCGCAUCACCCUGGAGACUUUCCUGGCUUGGAAGAAGAGGAAGAGGCAGGAGAAGGUGGCUAAAGCAGUGGAGGACAUGGAGAAGAAGAAAGCUGAUUUCAAGGCUGGAAGAUCGCUAGGGGUGAGCGGUCGUGAGGUGUUUGAGUUCCGUCCAGAGCUGGUUGAUGAUGACGAUGAUGAAGCUGAUGACACUCGAUAUGCCAAAGCAGAUGAAGAAAGUGAGGAAGAAGAGAUCGAUACUACAGCGUUCCAGGACAUAGACUUAUCUCGUUUCGUUCCUAAAGAGGUGGACAACACGGGCAUCACUGUAGCAUCUAUGGACCGUUUCACCUCCAGGAAUAAGACCCAACCGACGGAAACAGACAACGAGGAGCAGCUCAACGGGGCUUGCGGCGGUGCUGAGGCCAACGGGCUGUCGGGAGCAGAGGGAGGCGAGGAGGACGAAGAAGAGGAGGGGGAAGAGGAAGAGGUGCCUGUGGAUGAGAACCUGUUCACAGGAGAAGAUCUGGAGGAACUCGAUGAAGAACUUAACACACUGGCGCUGGAAGACUGAGACGGGGACAGGCAGGGAGCGGCAGAUGGAUAUUAGGAUGGACUCAUUGACUGACAGUAGUGGAUGGACUGCUGAAGAUACAUGGAGCUAAAAGAUAGAGACCAGAGGGAUGGACUGCUAGUGUUGUCAUGAUACCAGAAUGUUCACUUAGAUACCAACUUCAAUAUUUAACAAUUUGGCAAGACUAAGAUGCUACAUAACACCAAGCAGUGCUUUGCUAAGUUCCUUGUGUUAAUCACCUUUGACCUGAACAGCAACAACAGUGAAGUUUUGAUUCCAGCUGUCUAUCAGCUCCGUAUUAGCAUAUUACCAUAUUUUGCUCCAGGCACUAGUUUUGUCAGCCACUUUAGGUAGAAUGGGAUUCAGUUUAAGAUUGUGUUGGACUGUUUUAUGAUGUUGCUGUUUGACUAUUGAAUUUCACACUGCAGUUCUGCCUAUUCCAGCCCCCCUCCUUAUAACUAUUUCAGUCCACAGGUCACAUGUACAUUCAUGACAAGUCCUGAGUUAAAUCUUUGCCUCAGUAUCGAGGUUUGUGUGACAUAUCUGGUUAUUGUGACAACACUAGCACUGAAUGACUGACAGACGGACUUACCGAAAGACAACAGAUUCCACAUAGACAGACAGACACAGACAUCUAGGGAAAGACAAACAUCCUCAUUGGACCGUGGGACAGACAGUUUCAGAGUGCCACCACAUUCUCGAGCACUUGGCGAUCGAACGAUUUUAAAAUUCAGAGACUCAAUAAAGCCUGAUUGUAUGAUGACAUCA